AAUUGACUUUUUGUUAGGGUUUUGCAUAGGGUUUUAACUUCUAACUCAAGAAAUCUUAACCAUCUUCACGAAAACCAGAAAAUAGCAUUUGUUCCCCUAAAGUUGCAUGGAUUCUUCAGCCUUUAAAUCUCCCGAAUUGGAGCAACUUCUCAAUCAAGAGAAGGAAAGGGCCAUGGUCAAUGAAGUAGUUGCAAAGCUUACAAGUUCCUGCUGGGACAAAUGCGUGACUGGUACUCCUGGAAGCAAGUUCAGCUCCAGUGAAUCUAAUUGUUUAAGUCACUGUGCACAACGAUACAUGGAGAUGAGCAUGAUCAUAAUGAAACGAUUUCAGAGCAUGCACUGAAGAAAGAUUGGCCUUAUAAAAUGGACCCCAUAAUCUUUUUUGAUUCCAACCUUGAAAUUUGAAAGAAAAAUGUAAUAAAACUUUGUUGCUCAAUACAGUUCAUGUGAUGUUAUAAAUUACUAAAUGCAGAGAGAUGCUCUCAUUUUUAUUUUA